AUGGCACAACAAGCCUUUUCGUCUAAAACACCAUCCAUAUUUCGCCCUCCUUGCUCGUUGCAUUCAGAUGAUGCUUGGGAGCCAACCCUGGGCGCGUGCCAACAACAUUACGACUUCUCCUUGUUAUUUGCACAGUCCAUUCUUUCGGCUUUACCAGCUCUUCUGUUCUCGAUUCUAGCAGCAAUCCGGACAUGGUCGCUUAUCCGUAGGGAACACAGAGUCCAGAACGGUGCAGCCUUGGUAGCAAAGCAGAUUCUGAUCUUUGCAUUAUGGGCGACACACAUAGCACUGGUGGUCCUCUGGUCGCGCGAGCCCUCCAUUAGAACACGAAUGUCUCUCCCAAUGGCCGCUGUUUAUCUUUUUGCCACCACGGUAACAGCACCCCUAUCUUGGUUCGAGCACACGAAGACCAUCAAACCAUCUCUCCUGAUAUGUUCAUAUCUCAUCCUCUCAGUUCUUCUCGACAUCACACAAAUUCGAACGUUAUGGGCGAGACUCGACGACGACUACGUACUCGUGGCCGUAUUUACCGUCUCGUACGCCCUCCGAGUCAUUAUACUAUUAGUAGAAUCUUUACCAAAGAACUUGAUACGAGAGACCGACAUGUCUCGAAGCCCUGAGGAUAAGUGCGGCGUCAUCUCACGAAGUCUCUUUCUUUGGAUGAUUCCACUGCUGUACAAGGGAUAUAAACAAUUACUCGGGGUGAAUGAUCUUUAUGCCCCUCCCAUCGAUGCCGCUCCUGAAAAUUUGGAAGAGAAACUAUGGCGCGGCUGGUCGAAUUCCAACCCAGGUGCCAAAUACAGGCUGUUAUCCGUUACUGCGAAAGCACUCUUGCCACGAUUACUCGCUCCAAUCGUUCCAAGGCUCUGUGUUGUGGGCUUCAUGGUCGCCCAGCCAGUACUUCUAUCACUCCUUAUUCGAUUCCUCAGCGACAACGGCGACUCUCGGAACGACGGAUACAAUUUGCUAGCCGCUUAUGCCCUCGUAUACAUUGGUUUCGCGGUUGCAAAUGCGUGGUACUUUCAUCAAGCCUUUAAAUUCAUCACUUGUGUCCGGGGAGGUCUCGUGGCCCUUGUCUAUGACCGCACAAUGAGUUUGAGUACCUCUGCCAUUGAUAAGUCGUCAGCCGUCACGGUUAUGAGCGCCGAUAUUGAGCGAAUCACAAUCGGGCUCAAGAAUAUACAUGACCUCUGGGCUAAUGUCAUCCAAGUCUCCCUCGCCGCAUGGCUGCUAGAAAGACAGACUGGUGUUGCCAUCAUCCUACCGUUGCUUGUUGCUGCCUCGUGUGGCUACGCGACCUUGAAGAUCAGUGCGGCCGCGGGUGGGCAACAGGCUAACUGGCUAAAGUGUAUCGAGAAGCGCGUGGAUGUUACCAGCCGAACACUAUCGUCAAUGAGAGGCAUAAAGGUUUCCGGUUUUGCAAACACCUUGAUAAAUGUCAUACAGAGCUUGAGGGGUGAAGAACUACAGGCCGCUUCCAAAUUUCGAUGGUGGCAGGUCGGUGCACUCGUCAUGGGAUUUUUCCCCGUCAUGAUCAGCCCUGUUCUUACUCUUGCGGUCUUCAUUUUUGCGGCCGACAAAAGCUCACAGCCUUUGGAUGCCUCGAGAAUGUUUGUGUCAUUGUCAACUUUGACAAUAAUGUCGCAGCCAUUAAGCGUGCUUUUCCAGUCAGGUCCCAUGAUAUCGUCUAUGAUUGCCUGCUUUGAUCGGAUUGGCCGGUUCAUCGAAACCCAGGAAGGUCUCGAUAUUGGCGAUUCUCCACAGAGCUCAAACGAGGCGGAUACAGAGGGCGAUGUCAAAAUCCUGAAUGGAAAUUUUGGUUGGUCUGUUGACUCAGUUUCAGUUCUCAAGGAUGUAAAUGUAACAAUGCCUCGUGGAAAGCUUACCAUGAUUAUUGGACCUGUGGGAUGCGGAAAAUCCACGCUAUUGAAAGGCCUUCUCGGAGAAGUUGCAUAUGCCAAUGGUACCAUCAUGCUUCCACGCGGUAGUCUCGGAUUUUGUGACCAAACCCCGUGGAUCGUGAACGGCACUGUUGAAGAGAAUAUCACUAUGUUUUCGAGUAGUGAUGAUGAGUAUUACAACACAGUGUUGGAGGCUUGUGCUUUGCUCGAUGACUUGAAGCAGCUUUCGGGUGGCGAUCAAUCCAAAGUUGGCAGUAAAGGAAUUGCCUUGAGUGGCGGCCAAAAGCAACGAGUCUCCCUUGCGCGCACCCUCUUCGCUCGGCGCAAUAUCAAUAUAUUUGACGAUAUUCUUAGCGGUCUCGACAGCACUACGGAAUCACACGUCUUCGCUGCUGUCUUUGGGCCAACAGGUCUUCUCAGGCGAAAUGAAUCUACUACUAUUCUUGCAACACAUUCAGUUCACUUUCUUCCAUAUGCAGAUCAUAUUAUCUACAUUGGACCCGAAGGAAAUAUUGUUCAGCAAGGUUCAUUCGCAGAACUCAGUGCGGUUGAAGGAUAUGUCAGCAGCCUAGGGAUACAAAAUAACCAGAAUUUGCUCGGAUAUAUCAAUCCCAAGGCGAGCAACGGAGGAAUGGAAAACAAUAACAAGACAAAGACGCCAGAGCCCGAUGGACAAGACAACUCGCAAAAGCCCCGAGGUAUUUACCGAUAUUACUUCAAAUCGAUCGGCUAUGGAAUGUCUCUCCUCUAUCUCGUCCUUGCUACUAUCUAUACCUUCCUUUUCACCUUUCCAUACCUAUGGGCCAAAUGGUGGACUGAUGCCAAUUCUCGAGAUCCUUGGCACUACACAGGGUUUUACAUGGGGGUAUACGCUCUGCUCCAGGUCUCGUGUCUGGUCUCUCUUGUCAUCUUCGCAAGACAUGCAGUUAUCACGAUCGUGAAUACGUCUGGGCUUAGCCUUCACCAAAAGCUCAUUUCGACGGCGCUUCAUGCACCUCUAUCGUUCUUCGAAAAGACCGAUACUGGUAUCACACUCAACAGAUUCAGUCAAGACCUGCAGAUGGUGGAUAAUGAACUCCCUUUGGCUGCAUUGAACAUUGCAUGCAGCGGACUCAUUCUCAUCGGUCGAAUGCUUCUAAUUAUGAACACCUCGUAUUGGUUAGCAUUCUCCUUCCCUUUAGUUAUCUUGGCUCUGGGCGUGCUUCAGAGUGUGUACAUGAGGACCUCCCGGCAAUUGAGGCAUCUUGAUCUUGAGACCAAGUCUCCCCUCUAUUCGCAAUUUGUCGAGUCACUGGAUGGGCUGGUUUCUAUUCGCGCUUUUGGAUGGCAAGGUCCGUUCAAAGACCGUCUAUACCAAAACCUCAACCGUUCCCAGAGACCGUUCUAUCUGCUCCUCGUUCUUCAACGAUGGCUUUCAGUCUCGCUCGAUUGCCUGACAGCGGCUUUUGUCAUCCUCCUUGGCGCUGUAAUGAUCACUAUGAGAGAUCAAAUCAGUCCAGGAUUUGCUGGCGUCGCCUUGGCUAACUUGAUUGGCCUGAGCGGUUCCAUGAGCACUGUCGUUGAGACAUGGACGCAGAUGGAGACAUCGAUGACUUCUAUCCAGCGCAUUCGAGAUUUUGAGCGUGACGUCCCCACCGAGACUCGCGGAGGCAGCCACACGGCUGUGCCCCCGGAAUGGCCAAGUCGAGGUGCUGUUGAGAUUCGAAACUUGACUGCGACGUAUAAAGAUGGUACAGUCACGGCUUUGAAAAAUAUCACAAUGAGUAUCAAGCCCGGCGAGAAGAUUGGCAUCUGUGGCCGCACAGGUAGUGGCGAAACAUCCUUCACUCUCGCCCUCUUCCAGAUGAUCGAUGUCCAAAAGGGUUCCAUCUCGGUCGACGGCCUCGAUAUUGCAUCCAUUGACCCGAACACAUUGCGAAGCGGUCUCAAUGGGAUCCCACAGGAGCCUUACUUCAUGCCGGGAACUGUCAGAUUCAAUACUGACCCUCGUGGCACGAGUUCUGAUGAGGAUAUUAUGCGAGCUCUGACUUCAGUUCACAUCGACAAGGCUAUCAUUACUAAGGGAGGUCUCGGCGCUGAGAUGGAAGAUGGGCUAUUUUCCCAGGGCGAAAAGCAGCUUUUCUGUCUGGCUCGAUCUAUCCUGAAACGCAGCAAGGUCAUCGUACUGGAUGAAGCUACAAGCAAUAUCGAUGUCGAUACUGAAAAUUUGAUCAAGAAGGUGAUAGACGAAGAAUUCAAGGAUUUUACCGUAAUCACAGUCGCUCAUCGACUAUCAACGAUCCUCAAUAACGACCGAAUUGCUGUUUUGGAGGCAGGCGAGCUGGUGGAAUUCGAUACUCCGGAGGCUUUGCUUAAUCGACAAUCUCGGUUGAAGAAAUUGCGAGACGCAUAG